AUGAAGCCAGUGUUCAAAAUUGGUGAACGUGGUCUACCAGUUUCGAUGGAGCUCCAUAGAGUGAAUCGUUCAAGGCUUUGCGAACGACUUCGAACCCUCUGGUCGACUGGCGCUGCUCCAACACAGGCCUUAGACGGCGUGUAUGUCCUCCUCCAGGGUGGGUCUGAUGUGCUUCAUGGAGGCUCUGAUGUAGAGCUCGUUUUCCGGCAGGAAUCUUAUUUCCACUGGACUUUUGGAGGCCUGGCAUCGAACUGGUAUGGCGCUAUUGAAGUCGCCACGCAACGCGCCAUCUUGUUUAUUCCACAAAUUUCAGAAGCUAGAGCCGUCUACAUGGGGGAGGUUCCAUCCUUGAGCGAUAUAAUUAUGCGAUAUGGUGUGAAUGAGGCGUAUUAUGCACAUGAAAUUGAGAGAUACUUCUGUAAAAAAAAGCCGAGUCUGCUUUUGACUUUGCACGGACUUAAUACGGACAGCGGCCAGUACACUGUGGAGGCGUUGUUUGAUGGGAUUGAAAAGUUCAAAGUUGAAAAUAGCAUUCUCCAUCAUGAGAUGGCCGAAUGUCGCCUGACCAAGAGUCCACUGGAGCUGGAGGUGAUUCGCUACGCAGUGUCGAUGAGCUCGGCAGCACAUCGUCACCUUAUGCGGAAGGUGAAACCUGGUAUGUAUCAAUUUCAAGCGGAGAGCAUCUUCCAGCACUACUGCUAUUUCUACGGUGGCAUGCGCCACGUUGCCUACACUUGCAUCGCCGCCACAGGUUGUGACUGCGCCGUCCUUCACUAUGGUCACGCUGGUGCCCCGAACGACCAUCAGAUCCGUGACGGGGACAUGUGUCUGUUCGACAUGGGCGGAGAGUAUUACUGCUACUGCUCUGACAUCACCUGCUCCUUUCCUGUCAACGGAAAGUUUACGUCUGACCAGCGACUCAUUUAUGAGGCUGUCCUAGCUGCUGUCCGGGCAGUCAUAAGUCACCUUCGACCUGGAGUGAUUUGGGUAGAGAUGCACAAACUGGCCGAGUGGACAAUACUGGAACACUUGAAGGCGGGCGGCUUGUUGCAGGGCAGCGUGGAGGCAAUGAUGUCCGUUCGUCUCGGUGCUACCUUCAUGCCGCACGGUCUGGGCCACCUCAUGGGUUGUGAUGUUCACGAUGUCGGAGGAUAUAACAAGGGUGCACCCCCAAGACCGACAGAACCGGGUCUCAAGAACCUACGGACUGCACGACACAUCCAACCCAACAUGGUGCUGACCGUUGAGCCUGGCUGUUACUUCAUCAGGCGUCUCAUUAAACAGGCCCAGUCUUCACCAGAGCUCAGCCAAUUUCUGGUGCCUAGAGCAAUCGAUCGGUUCGCCGAUUUCGGUGGGGUUAGGAUUGAGGAGGACGUCCUGAUUACGGACGACGGCUGCGAGGUGCUCUCCGACGUUCCACGAACGGUGGAGGAGAUAGAAAGCUGGAUGUCUCAGAAAUCGGACGGAUACAACGCCCUGACGUAG